CCGGCACGCUCCGUUUCCAUUUUUUUGGCCGGAAAAAGAUGCUAGACAAAGCUGUGAGGCUUAAGCUGCUCAUCAUCGUGGCGGCUCAGCUGCUUCAUGUUUGCGACUCUUAUUUCGAGUUUUCCACAUGCUAUAACUCCACCAACUACACAAUCAACAGCAACUUCGCCAUGAACCUCAACCGUCUCUUUUCCACCCUCACCGCCAACGCACCAGCCACCGGCUUUUACACGGACGCAGUUGGCCAGGGCGUCGACCGCGUCUAUGGCCUCAUCCUUUGCCGCGGUGACCUUUCGGCCGGUGACUGCGGGAACUGUGCAACCACCGCGCCCAUGGAGCUCAUGAAGCUUUGCCCAAGGAGGAGAAGGGGAACCAUCUGGUACGACGAGUGCUUUUUGCGCUACAAGGAUUCGAACUUCAUCGGAAACGUCACAAUGGAUUCCGGGUUCUGCAUGUGGAAGCUCGCCAACAAUUCCGACCCAGUUCUUUUCGAUCACCAGGCGGGGCAGCUCAUGAGAAGCCUCUCUGCCUCCGUCCUGAGCAACCGGACCGGCCUCAUGUUCGCGUCCGGCGAGAUCUCUUUCGGCGAUUACAACACCAUCUACGGCGUGGCCCAGUGCACAAGGGACAUCUCCAGGGACGACUGCAGUCAGUGCUUGGCUGGCAGGAUCUCUCGCAUCCCUGAAAGGUGCGAGGGGAAGGUGGGUUGCAUCGUUUACAAUGGCAACUGCGGCGUGAGGUAUGAGAUCUACCCAUUCGUCUAUAACGCUACAGCGUCUCAACAGCCUUCCUCGCCAUCACCAGCGAUAUCUCCACCAGUGCCCACGAUGGCAACCCAAGAAGCGAAGCCCUCUCCCACCCUUUUCAAUACAACCAGAAGAUCAGCUUCCCAUGGAUUAAGAAAAAAUGCCAUCGUCUUGAUCGCUUUAUUGUGUUCCUCAGUAUUUAUUCUGUGCAUCAUUUCAGUUUUAUCAGUGGCCAGAAGAUCAAAGAGAGGUAAAGCUCCAGAUGAGGAGGAAAUGAAAGGCACGACGCCCUCUGUUUUUCACAUGGAUACUCUAAAAGCUGCAACCAAUAAUUUUUCCGGAGUUAAUAAGCUUGGACAGGGUGGAUUCGGCCCCGUGUAUAAGGGGACACUGGAAGAUGGUACACAGGUAGCCGUGAAGCGGCUAUCAGAAAAAUCAACGCAAGGGCCGGCCCAGUUCAAGAACGAGGUGAACUUGGUUGCCAAGCUUCAUCACAGGAAUUUGGCUCGGCUUCUUGGUUAUUACUUGGAUGAGCAGGAAAGGCUGCUUGUCUAUGAAUUCGUGCCCUCUGGAAGCCUGGAUAAAAUUCUUUUCGAUCCAACCAAACGUCAGCAGCUAGACUGGGGAAAACGACUUCAAAUAAUCAACGGGAUUGGACGGGGGCUUCUUUAUCUUCAUGAAGAUUCUCAGCUCAUGAUCAUUCAUAGAGAUCUUAAAGCGGGAAACGUUUUGUUAGAUGAAGAAAUGAACCCUAAAAUUUCGGACUUUGGAUUGGCCAAGCUCUUUCAAGUGGAGGGAACACAUGCCACCACAGAGAAUGUUGCAGGAACCCGUGGAUACAUGUCACCGGAGUAUGCAAUGAAUGGCAUAUUCUCAGUGAAGUCGGACGUGUUCAGCUUCGGCGUUCUGGUGUUAGAAAUCUUAAGUGGGCAAAGGAACACUUCAUUCUAUCAAUCGGAGUUAGCUCCGGACCUUCUAACAUAUGCUUGGAAGCUUUGGCAAGACGGCAGGGCACUAGAUCUUGUUGAUCAAGCUAUUGAUGAGCCAUGGUGGAAAAAUCAGAUACUGAGGUGCAUCCUCAUCGGCCUGCUAUGUGUACAAGACUCUCCAAAGGACAGACCAACAAUGUCUACGGUUGUUCUUAUGCUUGUAAAUUCAUCCAUGAUUCUCCCAACGCCCUCACCUCCUGCUUACUUCACAAGCAGACCCAUCCCCAAGUCCAGUGAGACAGUCAGGUCUGGCGAACGUCCAAUCCUUUCUUCAAGAGACGAGGAGAACCAGAACUCAGGCGGACUGACCAUUUCUGACCUACACCCAAGAUAAAAGCUGCCUUUUCCUCCAAGUUGUCGAUCCUGGAGGAGUAAAAGUCCUUUUGUGUUUGUUGGGUAAGGAGAAUUGGACUGAUAUUGCACUCAUGAAAUAUGUAGAAUUACUAUUUCCAUUUUGA